GUAAGACCCGGGGAAAGAAGCCAAUCAUUAGAAUCGCCAUGGCGGCGCAGACCAUCUGCUCGCGAGGGUAGCGGAAUAUCGGAUGACGCUACUACAUCGGGUGAACGUCAACGAACUUCCUCGGAACCACCUCAAGGCGGAAACAGGCGACGCCGGCAGGGAAGUGAACCGGAUCCAGACGGUGAGUCGCGAGAAAGAGGAACGCCAUCACAUCCGGCACGCGGAGAAACACACCGCGGAAGGGGCACGGGGGGAACGGGUACUCCGGGUGCCGAUGACCGAGCGACCAGGAACGGGGACGCUGGAGGAAGCAUGGAACCUGGCGCCACGGGGAACAGAAGCGAGCACCCUCGUUCCAGUACCAGAUGCGGAGUGUGCUCGGGUCAGGUCAUCGAGGGACACCGUGUGGGUGCACGGGUGCGGGGCCCAACACUCUCGGAGGGACAGCCUGGAGGCGGCGGUUCAAGCUGACCCGGGGCUGCAGCUACGAGCUGAAAGACUGAUAAGGGGGUUAAACGACGAACCCCACGGAGCACGUUCGCUGUACAUCUGGAACCAAGACAGUCCGGGAAUAGGGCCUGCUUUGGACGAUGUCAGCAUGGAUGAUCUCACACUCGGGUUCCAAACGCUAGCAGAAGGCGGCGGCGCUUCCUCGGCGACCGGGACCCCACUUUCCACUAUCCGGGUCAUCAAACUUUGGUACCUCCUACCAGGUAUUCUGCACUCCUUUGAUGGUCGGAUAGCUCGAAAAAAACGCUACAACUCGCUCAAAAGAGGGGAUAUAUCGUCCGUUCUUCCUUGGCUGAUUGAGUAUACCAAGGCGGCGAGUGCAAGGAGCAGGGGACCGGCACCGGAAGACACACCCGACGACAAGUUCAAAACGGCGGCGCAGGCAUGCCGGCACUCUGGAGGCGUGAAGGACGCGGCAGGAGCGCUCCUAGCCGAUCAACCGUCACCGGGGAACGACGAGACAUGGGCACGUCUGAAAGCCAAAUUUCCGCAUGAGGAUCCCGUACAAGUGGAGCAGGCCAUCGCCGAAGCCAUAGCUGCAAGCCGCACCGAGGAGGAGGAAGGAAGCGCCCCGAGAUGGAGGCCAGAAACCGAGUUCGAUCCACAAGUACUCCUUCAAGUCAUCAACAGCAGAAGCUCUAACUCUGGAGCAGGAAAUGACGGGCAACGUUUCUCCCACCUUAAGUCCAUCGUCAACACUAAAAUUGGUCGGGAAGAGUUCAGCAACGCGAUGUCGUCCCUUUGGAGGAGGCUCAUCAACGAUCCCAACGCGUUCCCACCGGAGUUCUGGACUCUUUGGAAACAAUCCAGUCUAAUCGCCCUCGGUAAAAGUGCCGUCCAGUGUGCAUUGGAAUGACUUGGAGAAGGUUGAUUGCAGCGGGAACGGUCAGGGAGUGGAAACCGAAACUGGAAGAAAUAUUUCGGGAAGCGGACCAAUUCGGAGUGGCAGUAGCUGGAGGAGUUGAACAAGUUGCGAUGGACGCACAACUGGUUCAUCAGACAGGUCAUUGGGUGGUCCAGACGGAUUGCUCAAAUGCCUUCACGGGCAAGCGCACCGCCAUAAUGGUUCAGGCCGCAAAGAGCGUCCCAGAUCUCGUGGGGUACAUCGCCAGGUGUUACGACGAAAUCCCGGCAAAGGGGAUAUACACGAUGGACUCCGGAGAGCGUCGGACGAUCGAGUGCAAGAGCGGUGUGCAGCACGGAGAUGGAAUGGGACC